AUGUAUUCAUCCUAUUUCUCUCUACUACCAGGGUUCGAGACUCGUUGGGGGAGCUGCAUCAGACCCUGGACUUGGUGCAUUCUCAGACGCUUAACCGACAUCGUAGUCGGCAUCAUUAGUGAGAAUGCUCCAAGUCCGCUGUCUGAUUCAGUGAAUUAUGAUAACUACUAUGGCAGAGGACAUCGGACAGGCUGUAUCGCUUCACCUUCAUAUCACCUAUGUUCAUCCUUCGUCUUUCCCCAUCAGCUAUUUACGCCUCAUCUAAGUUGCCUCCAGCCGCUCUGUCUUAAAUGCGUGAAGCACAACAGUCUUGUCCGUUUGCUGAACGAUCUUUUGGCCCGACAAUGCUUGCGUCGGCUGAGUCGACAUGGUCAGGCCCACAUGUCGCUAGGGUUUCGUUGCCGCGAUCUAAUUGGACCUCAGAUGCGCUGUCACUUCCCGACUUCAUGCUCUAAACUCUGCACCCUCGGCCAACAUAAACAGCAGCAACGGUCCCAGCAACAGAUUCAACCACUGACCCAUAAGUCGGCGGUCAAAGCAGCAACUGACGAGGGUGCUUCUCAUCCAGUAGAGGUAGCUAAGAUUGCGACAGGUGGAAACAAGCCGGAUAAUAUUUCCACGACAGGUGGAACGAUGCGAAAUCAGAUAAAUAUCGGUGGAGGGCGCUUCCUAAGUCAGACGAACUCUACCAGUCACCAUGGCACACGCUACUCUGGAUCUAUACAAGGUCGAGAAGCUGAGCAGAAUGACUUGCAUUUAUUGUAUGAACUAAAUAACUCCGAGACUCCGACUGGCCUGAUGCCAAUGUGCGAGCAGUUGGCAGACCAUUCACUGAGAUUCCAACGUAACUGUCACAGGAACAUGGUCAAAUUCAGCGGACGUUUGCACAAGGUAAUGGGUGUUGGAAACGGCCUCGGAGGGUCAGGCGAAUUCACUUCCGAGGAGAGUGGAGUCGGGCUAGGUAAUGAUGCCUCCAAUCUUAAACUCGAGCUACAAAAGACUGGAUUUAAUACUGCCAGGGAUCAACGACCUGGAAUGCUGUUGUCACGCGCCUUCAACGACAUCCUCCCCGAAUGCGACCAGGAGGGAUUAAAAAUAUGUCAGAAUGAAGGAAGAGAUACAGACGCUGGUGGUAGUAUGGCAGACCGUUUACAUGGCUUUGACAAGGCGAGCAGUAGAGUGGCAAGAUGCGGUAGUUCAGUUAGUCCUGAAACCCCAUCCGAAAGAGAGAAUUAUCCGCAGGGUAAAUUGACCCUCGAGGAGACAUCUCUGGUGCAGGGGUUGCAUCUUGCUUACAGGGAAAGUCCUACGCAUUCGAAUCUGCAGAAUGCUGAAAAGACAAAGGUGAAUAAACGCUAUACAAUAAAAGACAAGUGA